AUGUCUGCCGCACCAAACCCAAAAGCUUUUCCUUUGUCCGACUCUAACCUCACCCAACAGAUUCUUGAUGUUGUUCAACAAGCUCAAAACUUGAGACAACUCAAGAAGGGUGCUAACGAGACCACCAAGACUUUGAACAGAGGUAUUUCCGAGUUCAUCAUCAUGGCCGCCGACACCGAGCCUAUUGAGAUUCUUUUGCACUUGCCUCUUUUGUGCGAGGACAAGAACGUUCCAUACGUUUUUGUUCCUUCCAAGACCGCUUUGGGUAGAGCUUGUGGUGUUUCCAGACCAGUUAUUGCUGCUUCUAUCACCACAAACGAUGCCUCCGCCAUCAAAAACCAAAUCUACGCCAUUAAGGACAAGAUUGAAACUUUGUUGAUUUAA